AUGCAACAAGAGAAGAGCAAAGAAGCUCACAGCCGCCUGAUCAAUGUCACGGCCAAAGAUCUAACGGCCAGAAACAAACGGCUAGUGGAGGUUCCUUACACGGCAACGCUCUCCCACGCAAUGAACACAUUGGUGGCUAACUCCAUCUCCGCCCUCCCAGUUGCUGCACCACCGGGACACUGGAUCGGCGCCGGCGGUUCCAUGAUCAUGGAGUCUGAUAAACAAACUGGAGCCGUACGCAAACACUACAUCGGAAUUCUCACGAUGCUCGACAUACUUGCUCACAUCGCCGGCGGAGAAAAUCUCUCGGAUCCCUCAGAUUUGGACCGCAAGAUGUCUUCUCAGGUAUCUUCCAUCAUCGGUCAUUGCCUCGAAGGACUCAGUCUCUGGACACUGAAUCCUAAUACUAGCUUGGUAGAGUGUAUGGAAGUGUUUAGCAAAGGGAUCCAUCGAGCAUUAGUGCCACUAGAGAGCAGCAUAGAGAGCAACAACACCAUUUCAGGAGUUGAGUUGGUGGAAUCGGCCUCUGCUUACAGGAUGCUUACUCAGAUGGAUCUCUUGCGGUUCCUCAGAGACCAUCACUUUGAUGACCUCAAGGCUGUUCUCUCAAGCUCUGUCUCCACUCUCCGAGCUGUUAACGAUUCCGUUUACGCAAUCACCGAGAGUACGACCGUUUCCAAUGCUAUUAACUCUAUGAAGGCUGCUCUUCUCAACGCCGUCCCCAUCGUUCACGCCCCUGAUGUAGCGGAAGAGGAUCAUCUACAGCUUAUUAAUGUAUCUUUCAAGGGGAGGCAUAGGAAAGUGAUAGGUACGUUUUCUGCAACGGAUCUAAAAGGGUGUCGUUUGCCGGAGUUACAGACUUGGCUGCCACUCUCGGCUCUAGAGUUCACUGAGAAAGCUUCGGGGAAAGGGAAAGAGACGGUGAGUUGCACUGUGGAUGCAACGAUGGAGGAAGCUAUAGAGAAAGUAGUGACCAGAGGAGUGCACAGAGUGUGGGUUGUGGACCAACAGGGUUUGCUUAAAGGCGUCGUCUCCCUCACCGAUAUCAUACGCUCCAUAAGAGCUGCUAUUUUGUAA